AUGAUGUCACAUAGCACCCCAUUCCAAUCUUUUCUUGGGGGAUUGAGUAUUCCAAUCCCAGUUCAUGCCCUUUUGCUUCUGAAUGGGAGUGUAUUGGGAGUUUCGGGUUUCGUGCAUCGCGCAAUGAAGGGAAACCCAGAGGCUUUGUCCGGAGCAGUUGGUCUCAUCCUUGGGGGAGUUUUUGUGGCCAUGCUUGAAAACACAAGCCUCCCGCCUCCACUACUUCCUCUUCCCAAGGUAUUGCUUUCGGGCUUCUUGGUUGGUUUCGGGACUAAGUUGUCGAACGGAUGUACCUCUGGUCAUAUGAUUAGCGGUUUAUCCCGAUUCUCUUUACGUUCGUUGGUAGCGACUGCAACCUUUUUUAUUACAGGCGUUGUCACGACAUAUGUUUUUCAUCAAGACUUGCCAGCAAUAAGCACUACAGAUUGGUCUAUUGGUCCCAUCGGUUCAAAAUUACUUGCAUUUCAGGCCGUACCUCUCGCUUUAUCUGUUCUUUUGUACAACCUCUCCCCUGCUGAUACUCAGCUCAACCCGUCGGUUGACGAACACUCGACGCUCGUCAACAGGUCCGACUCUUCAAAUUCUCUUCUCCGCUUGCUAGCUCCUCUUAUAACCGGCUUUCACUUCGCACUCGCCCUUCGGCUGUCGAAUCUAACAGACCCCACUCGCGUUCUUUCCUUCCUUCUUUUGCCAUUCCAUCGCGCGUUCGAUCCCUCUCUCGCUUUCCUCGCCGUGGGGGCGCUCCCCCUCAAUAUUCUAUUGUACCAUUACGCGCGCGGAAACGAAAGGCCUUGCCUUGGAGGUAAAUGGGGUAUUCCGAAUACACCUGGGAAGAUCGACGUAAAACUAGUUGUUGGCGCCGCAAUCUUUGGAGUUGGAUGGGGAUUGACAGGUGUUUGUCCCGGUCCAGGUCUGGUUAAUUUUGGGAGGUCACUUGUUGGCAGCUCAAACCCCACGCCGUUUGCGGGUUGGUUAGGAGGUGUUGCUUUAGGUGGAUUGUUGGCAUGGUAG